AUGGAGCGCGGCGCGGCGGGGCCGCUGCCCCUCAGCCGCCUGGCCGGGCCGCUGCUCCGCAGGCUCAGCGAGCUGCUGGACCGCGCGGCGCCCGGCAAGGGCUGGCGGGAGCUGGCGCAGCGCGCGGGGAGCCGCGGCACGGUGCGGCUGAGCCCUCUGGACUUGGAGCAGUGCUCCCUGCAGGUGCUGGAGCCAGAAGGCAGUCCCAGCUGGAGUCUCCUGAAGCUGCUGGGGGAUCGGGGCUGCACUGUGGUGGAGCUGGCGGAGUCCCUGCAGGCCCUGGAGCACACAGAGGCUCUCCGGUGUCUCAGCCAUUCAGGUGUAAAGAUCGUUGUACAGCCAGACUCUCAAGCAGUGCUCUCUGGCCAGGUUGUCAAGCUGUGCUGCUGGGCAACAGGACACCCAUUUGUGCAAUACCAGUGGUUCAAGCAGGAAAGAGAGGUUCCCCAUGGUAAUUCUCCAGAACUGGUUUUGAGUCCCGUGAGUGUAAAGGAUUCUGGCUUUUACAUCUGCCGCGUGAACAGUGAAUCUUCUUUCAUGUUCAGUCGGUGGGCGCGCCUUGAAGUUUGUGAGCCUCAGGAUCUGCCUUGCGGGCUCUUAACAGGUUUGCCUGAAAACAAGUUGUGCAUUUGUAAUCAGCCUCAGCCACAAAACCUGACAGUGGGGGAUGCUUUGGUACUAGAAUGUGGAGCUGUUGGAAACCCAAUUCCUCAUUACCAAUGGUUCAGAAAUGGAUUUCCUUUGGCAAAUGGGAGCAAAAAUGUCUACACGGUAACAUAUGUGGAUGUGGGACAUCAAGGAACGUACUGGUGUCAUGUGUUCAAUGACUGGGAGGACGAAGACAGCAAGAAAGUACAAGUCACUAUAGGAAGGAAAGCUGUAGCAGUGGAGUGCACAGAAGAAGAUUUAAGUGAUCUUCAGGAAUCAGACCCACAAGAAGAAUCAAGUCACAGACCUGUGGCCACAGACAAGGUGGCUCUGUUAAUAGGAAACAUGAGCUACUGGAAUCAUCCCCAGCUCAAGGCUCCAAUGGUAGAUGUCUAUGAAUUGACCAGUUUGCUAAGGCAGCUGGAUUUCAAAGUUGUAUCUUUGCUGGAUCUUACUGAGUCUGAGAUGCGAAACGCAGUGGAUGAAUUUUUACUUCUCCUGGACGAAGGAGUUUAUGGUUUGUUGUACUAUGCUGGCCAUGGCUACGAGAACUACGGGAACAGUUUCAUGGUCCCUGUUGAUGCCCCGAGCCCAUACCGCUCGGCCAACUGCCUGUGCGUGCAGAACAUCCUGCGGCGGAUGCAGGAGAAGCGCACGGGACUCAACGUGUUCCUGCUGGACAUGUGUCGCAAAAGAAAUGAAUAUGAUGACACGAUUCUUAUCUUGGAUGCUCUGAAGGUUACAGCCAACAUUGUUUUUGGAUAUGCAACGUGCCAGGGAGCAGAAGCUUACGAAAUUCAGCAGCUGGGGUUGGCCAAUGGAAUCUUCAUGAAGUUCCUGAAGGACCGUUUGUUAGAAGACAAGAAGAUCACUGUUCUGCUUGAUGAGGUUGCAGAAGAUAUGGGCAAGUGUCCCCUUACCAAAGGCAAGCAAGCCCUGGAGAUCCGCAGCAGCUUGUCAGAGAAAAGGGCAUUAACUGAUCCUGUUCAGCAAAGCUCAUCUUCUGCAGAGUGCCUGGCACGGAACCUGCAGUGGGCCAAGGCUCACGAGCUUCCAGAAAGUAUGUCCCUUGAAUUCCAGUGUGGUGUUCAGAUUCAGUUGGGGUUUGCAGCAGAGUUCUCCAAUAUCAUGAUAAUCUAUACACAGAUAAUUAAGAAGCCCCCUGAAAUCACAGCUUGCAGAGCCCACAUCACAGACUUCCCACUUGACUUGGAUGUAGAUCCUAAAGAGGCCAAUAAAGGAACUCCUGAGGAAACUGGAAGCUAUUUAGUAUCAAAGGAUCUUCCCAAACACUGCCUCUACACCAGGCUGAGUUCACUGCAAAAGCUAAGGGAACAUUUAAUCUUCACUGUUUGCUUGCACUAUGAGUAUUCAGGAAUAGAAGAUUCAAUGGACGAAAGAAAGGAGAUUAAUGUUGGGAAGCCCCUUAUUGCUAAAUUAGGGCUUCACCCUGGAUUCAAACCCAAGAACUGUCUCCAGACAUGUUGCAUGCCUGGUUAUCCUUUUCAUAAUCCAGUGGAAUCGAGUCCAGAGGCAGCUGAAUACUACAUCCCUAGUCAUUGCCAACCCAGUUCCUCUCCAAGUGUUUACCAUCCACACUGUGCUUGCUCAAACAGCAUCACACAUCCAGAGGCAUGUUCCUGCAAUGGAACUGCCAGGAUGUUGGCUCCAAGACACGAAGUACAGCAUUACUCACCCACUGUGGAAAAGCAGAAUGUACCAGUAGAGACCACUGAUGAUACUGUUGAACUGGAAUUCUUCCUCUCUGACAGCCUGAGCCUCUCUGAGCAGCAAUAG